UCCCAGGCUUUGUCUGAGCGUCUGCAGGAACUCAUCCACUCUCACCAUGUCCCCCAAAAAGGCCAAGAAGAAGGAGUCUGCCAGCUCCAACGUGUUCACCAUGUUCGAGCAGUCCCAGAUUCAGGAGUUCAAGGAGGCGUUCACCAUCAUGGACCAGAACAGAGACGGCUUCAUCGACAAGAACGACCUGAGAGACACGUUCGCCGCUGUGGGGCGUCUGAACGUAGGGAACGAUGAGCUGGAUGACAUGAUAAAGGAAGCUUCAGGUCCCAUCAACUUCACCGUCUUCCUCAGCAUGUUCGGCGAGAAGCUUAAAGGAACGGACCCAGAGGAGAGCAUCCUAAACGCCUUCAAGAUCUUCGACCCAGAGGGAACCGGUGUCCUGAAGGGAGAUGAGAUUAAAUAUCACCUGAUGUCUCAAGCGGAUAAAUUUACUGAAGCGGAGGUUAACCAGAUGUUCCAGAUGUUCCCACUGGAUGUGGCUGGCAACCUGGACUAUAAAAAUCUCUGCUAUGUCAUCACACACGGAGAGGAAAAGGAGCAGGAAUAAAAGGACGAAGCAGAACGGCUCUUCAUCGAUGUUAUCGUCGUUAGAUUUGUUGCUGAACGUGAACAGUGUGUAUAUUUGUUGUUUUAAUGAUGAAUAAAAACUUUUUGGAAAAUA